UGGGCUUCCGGUAAACUUCAAUGUUGAGGUUGCCAUUCUCUUCAAUGUGCACAGCGCAGUCCAGUACGAUUUUUCCACAAAAAUGCAAUAUGAUUAGUGUGUAUACAGGUUACACAGCAAGUUUGGAUCCAUAAAAUUCAGAAUUUCGUGUCCCUUUCUCACGUUUAGUGUGCGUAACAGCCUUUAGCCUUGAGUGGCUAGCUGUAAACAGUUAGCCACUCUGGGCUAACUGUAAACACAAGAUGCAGGAUUUACACUUAGGUUACCAUGGGAAUAUGGGAACAAAAACGGAAUUAUUUAAUUGACCCUGUGCACGAGAAAAUGCUAACUUCCUGGUUUGAGACCGGAUGUGGGGUUGUACAUUUCCGGUAGCUUUAUUUUCCCGUCAAUCGCUACUGCGGAGAUGGACUUCAAAAUGAUGUCUAACAAACAGAAACGGAAAGAUCGGUUUCAAUUACAAAGAGCAGAAGGUGGGACCAUUGCUGUGUCCCGCUGUGUACUGCUGGGGGGAGAUUUAACAAGAUGUUAAGUUUCCACUCCUUUCCCAAAGAUUCUGAAUUGCGAGCACAAUGGCUGCUAAAAAUCAGAAGGGACGGCUUCACAGUUACAACCAGGUCUAGAGUGUGUAGUCGGCAUUUUGAGACAGGAGAGAUCUUCGUGUCUUCCUCUGGUAAGCGUUGUCUUCAGCCGAAAGCUGUUCCCUCCUUAUUCCACUGGAAUAAUUUUUCAAAAAAGACGGAGCGACCCGGAGUUUGGGAGCGCCGACCUCGACCUGUUGAUACCGUGGCUAUGGUAACCGUAGAUUACAACACAGAGGAUGAAAAUGAUGUGUCUGAUAUGCCCAUUACUGGUUGUACUGAGUCUGCUCCAGCCUCCAUUCCCCUGAUUGAAGACCACGACUAUGCAGCAAGUCCUUUGAUUGUGGUAGAUCGCAUUAAAUAUGAAACUAUGUCACGGGAGAUUGAGGAGCUUAGACGGCAGCUUGAGUCGUAUCAUUUGACGCAGGGAUUUGGACUGCAGCGAUGUGCCACAUCACCUGAGGACAUUCGGUACUAUACAAGAUUUCCGUCAUAUGAGCAUUUGAUGGCCUUUUGGAAUCUAAUCCAAGAGGCAACAAGCAGGAUGGUGAGGGUCACCAGUGGUCAGAAGAGCCUUUCCACCAGCACAUCCACCGAGAGCCCUGUAAACAGACCAACUAAAUUGUUGCCAAUUGAUGAGCUCUUCUUGUUCCUGAAUUAUCUGGCAACCGGCUGUACACAAAGGGAGCUUUGUCACAAGUUUAACAUCCACAGAGCUACAGUGAGUAGAAUACUUGUGUCAUGGCCCAACUUUUUGUACACUUUGCUUGGAUCUGUCUCCAUCUGGAUGGCACCUGGCAGAGUGAGAGCAAACUGCCCCGCGGAUUUUAGUGGGACUUAUAAAAAUACCCAGGUCAUUCUGGACUGUACUGAAAUGAGAUGCCAAACUCCCUCCUCCCUUCUGCUCCAGAGCGAGGUAUUUUCAACUUACAAGUUGCACUCCACUUUCAAAGCGCUUAUUGGCAUGUCCCACCAUGGAGCAUUGACAUUUGUCUCAGCACUUUUUUAAGGCUCCAUCAGUGACAAGGAGAUUUUCCGUCACUCUGGCAUCACCUCCCUCCUGACACCUGAGAUGGAUAUAAUGGUGGACAAAGGGUUUCUGGUAGAUGAGCUAGUGCCUGGGAAAGUCCAUCGCCCAGCCUUUUUGUCCAAGCAAGCUCAAAUGUCAGAGUUGGAUGUACUUAGAACCCAGUCCAUUGCACGUCUGAGGGUCCACGUGGAGAGGCUCAUCAGGAGGGUUAAAGAAAACAAACUUUUUGACACUGUCAUCCCUCUCUCCAUUUCUGGGAGUAUAAACCAAAUUUUUACUGUUGCAUGUCUCCUCACAAAUUAUCAAUACGGACCACUGGUCAAAAAAUGGGUGGUUGAUUAAAAGUUUGAAAUGUGUGUAGUGUAGUGUGUUUAGUGGGAGAAGUAGCCAGUUUUGGGAGAAUACUUUACAAUUGUAUUUAGUUACUGAAUACUUAAUUCUUGCCUUUAAAUGUAUUUUGUAGCACAUUCCAUUACUUUGUCUAGUCAGAAUACUGUAUUCUGAAUACUUUGAAUAUCUUUAGAAUGUUGUUAUUAUUUUAAAUUCAUGUAUUUAGUUACUCUCCAAGAAUUUGAGUAGCAAAUUUUGUUACUUAAGUAAAAUUGAUCAACAGCUAACAC